CACAAUCUCCAGCGGAGGCUGGGUGUAGCCUAACCGGAUGAUGACAGAAGUUUUCUGGUCUUAUGUCCCUACUUUUAUUAUCUGUCGUCCAGUUUGUAGCGUCGCCGCGGUCAGGACUUGUCUCCCUGAAGUUCAUUGUAUCUUAAUGACACAGACUCACCGAGACUGAGGCGCACUGCUCUGUGUGGGAACUUUAGGUCCGCUGUGUGAGCGACCCUGUGGAUCUUAUCUUUGACCGGAGAGCAGAGCCGGAGCGAGGGGGCUGCACACACACCGAGGUGCCGCAAUGGGAAACCGGGGGAUGGAAGACCUCAUUCCCCUGAUUAACAAGCUCCAGGACGCGUUUAGUUCCAUCGGCCAGAGCUGUAACUUGGAUCUGCCGCAGAUAGCGGUGGUCGGCGGCCAGAGCGCAGGGAAAAGCUCCGUGUUGGAGAAUUUCGUGGGGAGGGACUUUUUGCCCAGAGGAUCUGGCAUCGUCACACGUCGUCCUCUCAUCCUCCAGCUGGUUAACAGUAAAGCAGAGUAUGCAGAGUUCCUGCACUGCAAGGGCCGCAAGUUUGUGGACUUUGACGAGGUCCGUAUGGAGAUCGAGGCAGAGACCGAGCGUCUCACUGGAUCCAACAAGGGCAUCUCUCCAGUCCCCAUUAACCUCCGUGUCUAUUCCCCCAACGUGCUGAAUCUGACUCUGAUUGAUCUGCCGGGAAUGACCAAAGUGCCUGUGGGGGACCAGCCCGUGGACAUCGAGCACCAGAUCAGAGAGAUGCUGAUGCAGUUCAUCACCAAGGAGAGCUGUCUGAUUCUGGCGGUCACCCCGGCCAACACUGACCUCGCCAACUCCGACGCCCUCAAAAUAGCCAAGGAAGUGGACCCUCAGGGCAUGCGGACGAUUGGUGUGAUCACCAAACUGGACCUGAUGGACGAGGGGACGGAUGCACGAGACAUCUUGGAAAACAAGCUCCUGCCGCUGCGCAGAGGUUACAUCGGGGUGGUGAACCGCAGUCAGAAAGAUAUCGACGGGAAGAAGGACAUCCGCGUCGCUUUGGCCGCAGAGAGGAAGUUCUUCCUGUCCCAUCCUGCGUACAGACACAUUGCAGAACGCAUGGGCACGUCUCACCUGCAGAAAACUCUCAACCAACAACUUACCAACCACAUCCGUGACACGUUGCCAGGGCUACGCAGCAAACUACAAAGCCAGCUGCUGUCGCUGGAGAAGGAGGUGGAGGAGUACAAGAACUUCCGGCCCGACGACCCCACGCGCAAGACCAAGGCUUUACUUCAGAUGGUGCAGCAGUUUGGCGUGGACUUUGAGAAGUGCAUCGAAGGGUCCGGAGACCAGGUGGACACCUCCAACCUGUCUGGCGGAGCCAAGAUCAACCGUAUCUUUCACGAGCGCUUCCCCUUUGAGCUUGUGAAGAUGGAGUUUGAUGAGAAGGAGCUGAGGAAAGAGAUUAGUUAUGCCAUCAAGAACAUCCAUGGAGUCAGGACGGGCCUGUUCACCCCCGACUUGGCGUUUGAGGCCAUAGUGAAAAAGCAGGUCAUUAAGCUGAAAGACCCCUGUCUGAAAUGCGUUGACCUCGUCGUCACCGAGCUUGUCGCCCUGAUCAGGAAGUGCACUGAAAAGCUGGAUUCGUACCCUCGACUGAGGGAAGAGACGGAGAGAAUCGUCACCACUUACGUCAGAGAGAGAGAUAGCAAGACCAAGGACCAGGUGCUGCUGUUGAUUGACAUUGAGCUCUCCUACAUCAACACUAACCACGAGGACUUCAUUGGAUUUGCCAAUGCCCAGCAAAGGACUGCCGCUAAUGCUACCAAGAAGAGAGUCAUGCCCAAUCAGGUCAUCCGCAGAGGCUGGCUCACCAUCAACAUCAGCAUCAUGAAGGGAGGAUCCAAGGACUACUGGUUUGUUCUGACUGCCGAGUCUCUCUCCUGGUAUAAAGAUGAGGAGGAGAAAGAGAAGAAGUACAUGCUGCCGCUGGACAACCUGAAGCUUAGAGAUGUGGAGAAAGGCUUCAUGUCCAGCAAACACGUCUUUGCCAUCUUCAACACCGAACAGAGGAACGUGUAUAAAGACCUGCGUCAGAUUGAGCUGGCGUGUGACACUCAGGAGGACGUUGACAGCUGGAAGGCUUCGUUCCUCAGAGCUGGCGUUUACCCAGAGAAGGACCAGACAGAGAAUGAAGACACGAUCACUCCCCCCGACACCGUGUCCAUGGAUCCUCAGCUGGAACGGCAAGUGGAGACCAUUCGCAACCUGGUGGACUCCUACAUCGGCAUCGUCAACAAGUCCAUCAGAGACCUCAUGCCCAAGACCAUCAUGCACCUCAUGAUCAACAGUGCGAAGGACUUCAUCCACUCCGAGCUGCUGGCCUACCUGUACUCAGCAGGGGACCAGGGCAGUCUGAUGGAGGAGUCAGUGGAGCAGGCUCAGAGGAGAGAUGAGAUGCUGAGGAUGUACCACGCUCUCAAAGAGGCCCUGGUCAUCAUUGGAGACAUCAGCACCACCACUAUUUCUACCCCAGUGCCUCCACCAGUAGACGACACCUGGAUGGCCAAGGAGCCCAGUCCUCCAGCCUCCCGUCCUGCAUCCGCAACAGCACCCCCACCCAGCCGACCCCCGGCCGCCAGGGGGCCCAACCCAGGUCCGGCACCGCCGCGCAACCCCUCGCCAGCGUUCGGUGCACCACCCGUGCCUUCGCGUCCUGGGCCUCCACCGGGACAAACGGCUUACCCUGGAGAUCCAAACUCUGCCAGUGUGCCCCUUAUCCCAUCAAGGCCGGCACGUGUGCCGCCUGCGCUGCCACCGGGGAUUCCUAGCAGAAGACCCCCGGCUGCUCCAAACCGGCCCACUGUCAUUCGUCCUUCAGAGCCUUCCUUGCUUGACUAGAUUUCUUUCGGUUUACACAUUUAUAUUUCCUGAUGCUGUUUCAGUCUGUGCAUUUCUGAUGCAUUAUGUAUGUACUUGUGUAAUUUCGUGAAGGUUUGUUUUUAUUGUUUAUUGUUUUUUUAACAAAAAACAUUUGAUGAUUUUGUCGACGUAAAACUCGCAAACUUUUUGUUUUUAUUCGAAUCCAACUGUGUCUCAUAAUGUAUGAUUCGUAGCUUUUUUUAUAUCAUGGCAAAGGGAGUUUUAGACCUCAUUUUACUUGCUAAUGUUUUUACACACUAAGCACCUCAUCAAGUAAGCAGCACUAUUUUCAAGUCUCUUUGCUCAUCAUUUCUGGUCGAUUUUCAAAGCAAGUGCUCAAAUUAGUUUAUUAAAAUUAGACUGACCUUCGACAUUUAGCUUGAUUACUUUAAAUCAUUUUUUCCCCCGAGUAUGAAAAGGAUUCAGUAUUAACUCACAGCGGACCAACUUAACAUGAGGUGUAGGAGGAGGCAGGAUGAGGAAAGCUGCUGCAGCAGUGGGAAGUCAUAUUAUGCAUCGCUCAUAAUUAUUCAGUAGAUGGCUUUGCCCAGCCAAAGGUCCUGCGACAGUUACCUCUCAUUACUCAGUGAAAAAGGGCCAUGAGCACAGAUGUGUUUGAAAUCCUUAAAAAAAACACACACCAUCAAAACUAAACAUCAUAUCAGAAAAAGGGGCCUCUUUUCCAGAGGUUGCAAAAAGUGAUGGACUGAAUAAAAGCAUGGAAAAGA